UCGAACGACUUCCUAUCCAAUGAUUGACGGCGACUACUUCUUCGUUUUUGGCGGUGGUAGGAACCAUGGCGGAAAAUUUGAAAGAGUGCAGAGUCCCCUGCAAGGCCACCACAGACGAGCUGGAGUCCCUCUGCCGUGUGGAGGGAGUGACGUGCAAAGAUCUGGGAAUUAGCAAGAACAACCUGACUGAAUAUGAAGUGGAAUAUCUAUGCAGCUACAAAAGGGUAGUCCCAACAGAAAAGCUAAAGAAUGGAAUGACUCCACCGCCACAGGAGCUAUUCCUCGUGAAGUGGCGUGGCUUCCCAGAGUCCAUGAACACGUGGGAGCCGCGCAAAAACCUGAAGUGCGUGGAGCUCCUGAGCCAGUUCUGGGAGGACCUGAUGCUAGAGAUGCGGCGGCAGAAGCGGCGUGCUGUGCCCCGGCGCUUGGACCCCGCCACAGCCUCCUACAUGGUGCAGCGCGCCAAGCUGCACGUUACGCUGGGGCACUGGGAGCGCAAGCUGACGGCGCUCAACCUGCAGCGCGGUGGAGGGCGCAUCUUUGUGCGCAACCACGUGGACCUGGAGGGCCCGCCUCGCCACUUCACCUACAUCAACGACUACAAGGUGGGCGAGGGCAUCUCGCUGACCGAGGUGGCGCUCGGCUGCGAGUGCACAAACUGUCUGGAGGAGCCGGUGAACGGCUGCUGUGCCGGCGCCUCGCAGCACCGCUUCGCGUACAACGAGCUGGGCCAGGUGCGCCUGCGGCCCGGCAUGCCCAUCUACGAGUGUAACAAGCGCUGUCGCUGCGGGCCCGAGUGCUCCAACCGUGUGGUGCAGCGCGGCAUUCGCUACUCACUCUGCAUCUUUCGCACGGACAACGGUCGCGGCUGGGGCGUUCGCACCAUGGAGCGCAUACGGAAGAACAGCUUCGUCAUGGAGUAUGUGGGAGAGAUCAUCACAACAGAGGAAGCGGAGAGGCGAGGUCAAAUCUAUGACAAAGAAGGAGCCACGUACCUGUUCGACUUGGACUACGUGGACGAUGAGUACACUGUAGACGCAGCCCACUAUGGCAACAUCUCCCACUUUGUCAACCACAGUUGCGAUCCAAAUCUUCAAGUCUACAACGUUUUCAUUGACAACUUGGACGAGAGGCUACCUAGGAUAGCCUUUUUCGCCACGCGCAGCAUCAAAGCCGGAGAGGAGCUCACCUUCGACUACAAAAUGCAGAUUGAUCCAAUGGAUGCCGAGAGCACAAAGAUGGACUCUAAUUUCAACGUGACCGGGCUCCCCGGCUCCCCUAAGAAACGCAUGCGCGUGGAAUGCAAGUGUGGAGUGGAGUCCUGUCGGAAAUACCUCUUCUAGUUUGGUGAUGCCAAAAAAAAAAAAAAACUCGAACUGGAUACCAAAACCAUCAUCAAUUCCAUUUGUGUGGAGAACAUGAUUGCAUGAAGAAUGUUUUUAUUCAACGAUCUUUACGACAUAUUAGCUUAAACUGACAUGUAUGUAUGUGCCUUCUUUCUUUCUUUUCUUUUCUUUUUUUUGGAGAAAAAGUUGUCUUCUCAAGUAUGUCAAAGGACUACAUCCAUAAUGCUUCUGUUCGAACAAAAGAUCUCUGUAGUUCAUAUUUUAUAUACAUUUUUUACCCCCCAUGGAAACCGUUGUAAAUAUGUAAAGCACUUUUUUAGGUACAAAUAGAUUUGCUGUUAUUUAUGUCAUUCUCAACCCCCCCCCCCCCUCCCCCUUUUGCUUUUUAGCAUGACACUUGACAUCAGUUAUAUUAUUUCAGUACUGUUUUCCCCUCUUUUUCUAAAGGGACAUCAUUAACACCUAAUGUGAUUUAAAUGUUUAUAAAAUAUUUUCUGUAAAUUCAUUUUUAUCAGCAAUCAGGAGGGUCAGUGUAUAGGGAGCUAUUUGUGGUGAUUUAGGGGGGGAUUGGUAGGGAUUGUUUAUCACUGAGAUGCAUUUUCUUUUUUGCUAUUUUCUAUUCUUUUUUAUUUGACUCUUUAAAUAUCUUUUUAAUGUUUUAUACUUUUUUUAUUCUGUACUUUAAAAAAAGAAAUGUGAUGAAAUAUUUUCGGUAAAUGAUAGAUGUACUGCCUUAAGCCUAAAAAAAGAAAACACAACUGGCUCGAUCGAAGUACUCUCUUGUUUUUGUGUGAGUGAGAUGAGCAUGUGUGGUCAGAGGCAGUUGUAGUCUGAUGUUGUUACAACUGAAAGUUAAAUUUAGCUAAUUAGCUGUUUUGUCCUGUUUAAAAAUCAUGUAUUUUGAUGAUGAAUGGGAAAGCCUUUCUGUAAAAAAUGUACUGUGAAAUAAAAGGUUACCCCAGAAA